ACCAGUCCCUGGUCGACGACCUUACUCCGGUGCUUCCUCAAGCUGGCAUUAUUGGGCUUCAAAUGCACGAAAUCACUCUGUAAAUACUCGCUGGGCAACCCGCACUUCUUCCGACUGUAUACGAGGCGUGCACCCGUUCACUUAGUCACACGGAAUCCGUCCGACAUGGUGCAAUGGAAUGCGAGCGUGCUCACCGGCGUCACCUCAGAUACCGAACCCUGUCUGCUGGUCACUUUCGAGAACGCAAAGUACCUUUUCAAUGCCGGUGAAAAUACCACGAGGUCUUUUUUGCAGACUGGAAGACGGUGGAAUCAUGCCAGGGGCAUCUUUCUGACGGAUGUUAACACCUCUCGGGCGAGCGGUCUACCAGGGCUCCUCAUGUCUCUAGCAGAUGCGAAGUCUCGCCAGUUGACUAUCGCGGGACCUCCAGGUUUGAUGCAUUGGCUGGCUUCGGCUCGGACCUGUACCUACCGGGAGGGAAUCUGUGUCCAUCCAGUGGAAGCCGCGAUGGAGAAGAAUUCGGAAGUACCCAAUCCGAUCUACAAGGACGGCAACAUAACGUUAUACUCCUUCUUGGUCCAUCCUCAAAGCGUGCCUCAUACUUCCAUUGAGCAACGACCACCAAGUGACCAAAAUUCAAGGGCGUCCAAACGAAAACGCACGCCUUCCCCAACAUCAAAAUCAUCGAAACGUUCAACUCCUCUCGAUCGCGUUGUUUCGGGAGAUACUCCGAUGAAGGGUGUUACUUCAUCUCUUCGUGAACGCAUGAAACAGCCACAGUUCAACCCGAGUACCUUGACCGGCACCGACGCGCAAGAAUGGCGAUAUCUCUUGAUCAAAGGGAUGUUUCCACAAGCCGAGCCCCUUCCUGACCCGAAGAUCGUGGCCCGCCGAGAGAGGAAAGCAAAACACGAGGCAAAAAAGAGAUCAAAACAAGGUUCAACCGGGAAGGGGAAGGAAGAGAGUCAGGACGCAGCACCUGCCCCCGAUGCGAAGGCGGCUCUCUCGCCAUCCACGGCCAUUGCUCUACAACCAGCCCCUCGGCCUCCGCCUCGACUCCCUAAAUAUGACCGCCAACUUCCAUUAUAUACGAGCUCUAAAGCCGUUCUUGCAUACGUCCUGGUCGGUCCACAAAUCCGAGGCAAAUUCGACGCUGAGAAAGCGCAAGAACUUGGUAUUCCCAACGGUCCGGUUCGCAGACAACUCGCAGCCGGCGAAACUGUCACCUUUAGAGUGAAAGAUGGGAAUGGACAGACGACGGAGAGGACGGUGACAUCCGAGGAGGUCUUGGGUAAAGCAGAGCACCCGAAGGCACUCCUCGUCUUGGAUAUUCCGGACAGCAGUUAUAUCCCAAACCUAGUGUCAACUUUUGCGGACUCGACGUGGUUGAUGAGUAUAGGGAAGGAAAACCGGCCUAUGGGUGCCCCUGAGAUAGAACUGCACGCUGUCUUCCACAUAUGCGGAGAGGGCGUGCUAGAAGACGAACGGUACAAGACAUUCAUGGGUAUUUUGGGUGGACCUCGUACCCAGCAUAUCAUAGCUUCACGGGGGCAUACUCCGGACCCCGUGUCCUUCACGACCGCCGCCUACAACAUACUGAGACUGAACCAACUUGACUCGGGUAUCUUUCCAAUCCCGAAGUUUGCCGUGGAAUCACCGAAAACUCUCGAUUCCGUUCUCGGUCUGCCGCAGCUAUCGCAUCCGCUUCAAGCAAAUAUCGAUAUCAACAUGCAUCCUUCCCGGGACCCUGUUCAUGUUCCCACUCCAUGGGAUUUAUUUCAUCCUGCUUUGGUCGGUGGGGACCGUUCGAACCUGGUCCCAGCAUCCCUCUCUCAUUUGUUCUCGCAGGCCCGAGCGGCAGUGCGAGAACGAGAGGCUUUCACCACAGCGUCUUCACCAGGAGACGACGUACAGGUCAUUUCACUCGGGACUGGAAGCGCGUCUCCAAGCCAAUCUCGUAAUGUUUCGGGGACAUUAGUACGGAUACCUGGUUAUGGUUCAGUGCUUCUUGACGCCGGUGAAGCCACAUGGGGUCAACUGGCACGCCACCACGGUACAGACAAGGCGGCAUCCAAUAAUGUCUGGGAUGUACUUCGCGAUCUCAGAUGCAUCUUCAUCAGUCACAUCCACGGUGACCAUCACAUGGGGCUUGGCAAAAUACUAGCUAUGCGGCAGAAGCUUGACCCACCGGCCACAUUGCCCCUAUACCUCAUCGCCGGUCGCGCUGUUCACCUCUACCUCCGGGAGCAGUCCGACAUAGAGGAUUAUGGUCUAACAAGAGAUACCAAUUCAGGAGUGAAAACAAUUCUUCCGGAUUGGAUCGAUCACUUUGCGGGGCCUUACCGUCCCCCCGUUGCGAACGAAGGAUGGACUGCACGUUCUGAAUCUGAGAAGGCACUCAGAGAUCUGCAAGCGGCCUUGGGCAUUGAAUCGCUACGGACUGUCAUGAUGGAACAUCGAUGCCGUUGCUUCGGUCUGGUCAUGAAACAUAGAGAUGGUUGGAGCCUUGCAUAUUCAGGCGAUACUAUGCCUUGCAAUCGGUUGGUCGAGGCCGGCAAAAAUGCGACUCUUCUCAUUCAUGAAGCAACGAUGGCCGAUGAAGAGGCGGAGCUCGCAUUCAAGAAAGCACACAGCACCGUCGGUCAAGCGUUGGAUGUUGCGACAAGAAUGAAUGCCAAGAAUGUUUACCUCACCCAUUUCUCCUGCCGUUACCCGAAAAUGCCUCACAAGAAUGUGAAUGCACAAUCGAGCCCAUCACGCGGAAAGGAUACCUCCGACGGAGACGUGCCCCCCGUCGUGGCGCUGGCCUUUGACAACGUUAGCGUGCGGAUUGGCGAUAUGUGGAAAUUAGCCGCAUUUCGGCCCGCCAUCGAGCAAAAUUACGCGGACACAGAGCAGCUGGACGCGGAGUCAGGUACACUAUCACCUGCCGAUCCUGACGUGGAUGUGGCCAUGGACAGCUGAAGAAGCACUCGAUCAUUGCCAUACCUGCGAGUAUACUGACUGCACUUGAUGCCGGCAGUUCGCAGGGCGGCUUGUCGAAACGCAGAAUUUACCGCCUCAAGGCUUGCAUGCAACAUGCCUGGAGCUCGUGCAACCGCCUCUACCCGCUGAUGGAUAUCCCAUAAUCUGGAACGCUGGUGAUCAAGUACAGCAUAAUGAUGUCCCCUCCGUUGUGGGAAGAGCAUCGAUUAGUGGAGGAAUGGC